GCUAUAUAUACAUCUCUCUCUAUAUUCGGUAGCAAGUACGGAUACACCAGUCACAGAGUCGACAGCCGCAACUACUACCCAUCAUCUCCUUCUCAGGUCUCGAUCCAGAGCCGAAGGCCGAAGCUGCCCGCGCGAGAACCGCACCGAAUCUGUGUUCGUAUUUCGAGAAAUACGUUCCCAGGCGUCGGAUCCACCACUGGCACUACGGCUCGUGGCCACUACAAUCGGGAUUUGACACGAGCAGUCGAUAAGUCAACAUGUUUGCUCCUCGGUAAGAUAGAUCGAUACGCGGAAAACCAAUCGUAGCAUGUAGAGAGCAGAGUGAUGUUUAUGGAGAUUGUCUGAAUGAACGAACAUGUCGAGGACCGCAAUUGAUGCUCAUUAUGUCCAAGAAAUCAAGAGUUAGAUCAUUCGUUUGGCCGAGCUCGAGAGGUGAAUGUGCUUGCGAGGUGGUCCUUACAUGAGCUGCAGCAAUGACGAUUAAUUGGAAGAAUGUCCAGAGGCUAUCCUCUGAUGUUUUGCGGAGACGUGUCGGUCAUGCUGCCCGGCAAUGCACUCGGAGCUUUUCUUCUGCACCAGGUAUCGAACAAAGAUUGGUCGGCCAGGUAGCCGUCAUAACCGGGGGCGCGAGCGGGAUCGGAGCGGCGACGGCGCGAAUGUUCACUCGCCACGGCGCACGAGUGGUCAUCGCCGACAUUCAGCCUUCGCUCGGGGAGAAGCUGCUGAAGGAGCUGGGGCCGCAGGCAGAGUACGUGGAAUGCGACGUGCGCAAGGAGGAGGACAUCGAGAAGGCCAUAAGCAAGGCGUACGAGCUGGAGAAUCGGCUCGACGUGGUUCACAGCAACGCGGGCAUAAUCGGAUGCGUCGGCCCCAUCGACGAGGUUCGCAUCGACGAGUACGACGCGACCAUCGCCGUCGACCUGCGCGCCGCAGUCAUCGCAGUGAAGCACGCGGUCCGCUUCAUGAAGCCCCAGAAGCGCGGCAGCAUCGUCAUCACCGGCAGCGUGGCCUCCGUGCGAGGAGGCAUGGGCCCCCACGGCUACACCGUCGCGAAGGCCGGGCUGCUGGGAUUGGUGAACUCCUGCGCCGCCGAGCUCGGCCAACACAACAUCCGCAUCAACAUGAUCUCGCCCGAGCUCGUGUCCACGCCGCUGGCAGCUUUCGCUCUCGCGGCUCUGGCAGAAGGCGGCAGCCAGUCCGUCACCGUCGACGACAUCGACCGCAUCGUGAAGCAGAACUCCAUGCUCCCCGACAGGCUUCUCACCCACCUCGACAUCGCCAACGCUGCUCUCUUCCUGGCUUCUGACAUGGGAGGCUACAUCAGCGGGCACAACCUCGUCGUCGACGGGGGAAAGACCGCAGCCCACGUCCUGCAGGCCGGCGGAAACCAUUGGUCCACCAAAUACAUGCCCAUGGUUGCCGAGAAUGGUAAGAGGGGAUUAUAGCGUAGUCUUCAAACAUCAUGAUUUUGCAAACUUUGUCAACGGAAGGGAUGUAGAAGGCCUUCAUGAUACCCCGUAAUAGAACUGUGUCGAUAUGAAAAAUCAUAUCAUACAGUCAUCAUUGACUAGGGGAGUUGGUUCAUGAAAGGGGUUUCAAACUCCUGUGUGGCUAAAUUUUAUCAUCCCUUUAGAUCUUCUUUCACAUAAGAUUCUAUUUCAAUCUCAUGUGGAUGUACAAGUAGGAUUGGGUCAGAUCAAAUUUUCCUAUGAUGUAGAUUAAGAUCUAUUUGUGAACUAGGUUCAUGUUUUGUAUGUAAAUUGGUGGAAUAAUUUACUUUAUGGAAUAAAAGUGGAACAUGUAUAG